AUGACUGAUGUGUUCGACGAUUUACUUCUGGAUCCGUUGUAUGUGAACAUUAAUCUGAUCUCAGAAGCGAUCGCUCGCCAGUUGUACAAAGAUUUUGAGCCAAAAAAUAUUGGCAGCGAUUUGAAAGUUUCUCAAACAAACAUCAAAUCAUUGUUAAACCAAUUGAGCCGUCAGUCAAGGGCUCAACAGUCGCUUCUGAGUACUCGAAAGGGAACACAAGUGGAAGCGUCGCCUUUGAUCCGCAAUUUAGAGCAAAUUAUGCGUAAAUAUGUGAAUGACGUCCAAUUGAUUCACAUUAAAGUCGAUAAUAAGGACAACGAACUGGUCUUCUAUGAGCCAACUUCGGCUCUCUACUCCAACUCCAAGACUCAGCCCAAAGUAAAUCUGCUGUUUCUGCUGUCGAGCGCCGGAAAAUUCAAUUACUUCGGCACUAAGAAGUGGAUCGACCAACAGUUGGACGGCAACGAAGGCAGUCUUCUAACGGACUCGUUGUUCACUAUAUGUCUGGAUUCGUUGGCCGAUAGGGACCGCAAUAGUGGCCUAUUUAUGCACGUCUCGAAACCGCCCAAAGAGGGAACACCAGCCGCUCAACUGUUCCACGACUUGAAGCAAAUCGCUUCCACUUCUUUGACGCAUCCCUUCAACGUAUCGAUGAUUCACAAGAAAAUCAAUUUAGCCGAAGAGGUGUUGGCCUGGGAACAUGAACGGUUUAGUAUAAGACGUCUGUCGGCGUUCACUCUAUCGGCGCUCUUAUCGCACAAAUCUCUGCGACGAAACUCAAUGACUGAUGUGUUCGACGAUUCACUUCUGGAUCCGUUGUAUGUGAACAUUAAUCUGAUCUCAGAAGCGAUCGCUCGCCAGUUGUACAAAGAUUUUGAGCCAAAAAAUAUUGGCAGCGAUUUGAAAAAAAGAGUUUGUUUGUAG